GAAAAAAUCAUUGACAAGAGUUUGAAGUUUGUGCAUAAAGGCCGAUGUGCAGAAUACAAACAAAACUAUAAUUUAACUAGGCCUACUAUCCAAGUUUUAACGAUCGAUGGUGGUAGGUAGUAUUUAUUUUGUUUGAUACAUACGGUGAAAAUAUUUUAGACUAGAAUAACCAUUGAGGUAAUCCUCCAUAGGUAAUUCUAGGAAAAGUAUCCUUUUUGGUCAUGAUAUUUGUCUGUAAAUAAGCCAGAAAGGCAAUAGACAUGAACUUUGUUGGGAUGCCUAGACCGGAUGCACUCAGCUGGUCUAGGGUACAAGCGAUCCAGAGAAACUUUACUGGACACACAGCACACCAAUGAGACAGCAGGAAUUGCGGUGGAGACGUAUUUUACACAGAAUAUGAGACAAGUUACAUGUUAGGAGAUAGAUUCACUGUAAUAAGGAAGCCAAACAAAUGUUUGAAAACAGUUUGGAAAUUACAGACUUAUUAAUCUACACACAUGAGAAAUGGUGCAAGUGUUCAAAGCAAUGUUGCUGCCAAAAGUUAUGGUGAUGGGGGUUAAUAGCACAUGUUAACCCACAGGUGUAAAAUGUUCUAUUACCUUGUACAGGUUUGUGUACUAAAACUGGACUUUUGAGAACAAACAACAAGAAUAAAAAUAAGAAUUUUAUUCUGCCAGAAAAUAUUCCACACAAAUACAUUGGCACGUCAAUACAAUGUUACAACUUUUGUAAUACAAUGAACAUUCUAAAAGUCUUGCUUCGUCCACACUGUUGAGAUGUACUCUUCCACUGAAUAGAAUGAUCUUUUACAUAGAAAAUAAUUUAGUUUAGCUUUAAAUUCCAUAUCACUUAGCAUCCUUAUAUCUAAUGGUUACGUACUGUAUAGUCUAAUAGCCAACACACAUAGGUGAGAAACAGUGCUAUUUUUCUAACUACACAUGUAACAUGAUUUUUGUUCCCUGUGUAGACGUAUUUAUUACAAGUGAGGAUAUGUGAAUUUUAAUAACAUGAAAACCCUCUGGCCAGGAAAUUCUGUUCUCUGUGAAGUUAUGUAUGCACUAAAAGUUUGUUUUUAAGAAUAAAAUUAAGUGCACUGUAAGAGGCAUUUUGAUGUCAUUUGAUGGUUUACGUAUGUGAAGAACCACUUGAUUAUUCUCUGUAAAGCUUUAUAUGUAACCAUUAAAAUAUGUCAACUCAUACAGAUGAAAACCCUUUUAAAUGUUCCCUGUGCAGCUAUGCAGGCACCCAAAGUGUGUAUUUGAAAAGGCAUAUGUUGACUCACACAGAUGAGAAACCGUUUAAGUGCUCCCUGUGCAGCUUUAAAUGUACUAGAAGUGGAAAUUUACGAAGUCAUAUACUAAAACACAUGGGUGAAAAACCAUUUAAGUGUUCCUUGUGCAGCUAUGCAGGCACUCAACGUUCGUGUUUAAGAAGGCAUAUGUUGACUCACGUAGAUAAUAAACCAUUUAACUGUUCCAUGUGUAGCUAUAAGUGUAUUAGAAGUGAGAAUUUAAAAAAUCAUAUGUUAAAUCACACAGAUGAAAAACCAUUUAAGUGUUCCCUGUGCAGUUACGCAAGCACGCAAAAAAAGAAUUUAAAAACUCAUAUGUUAAGUCACACAGGUGAGAAACCAUAUAAGUGUUCAUUUUGCAGCUAUGAGUGUUCUACAAGUAUGCGUUUAAGAGGUCAUAUGUUAACUCACACAGGUGAGAAACCAUUUAAGUGUUCCCUGUGUAGCUAUGUAUGUACCACCAGUUGGCUGCUUAAGAGACAUAUGUUAACACACACAGGUGAAAAGCCAUUUAAGUGUUCACUUUGCAGCCACGCUUGUACUACAAAUGGUGAUUUAAGAAUCCAUAUAUUAACUCACACAGGUGAAAAACCAUAUCAGUGUACCGUGUGCAGCUAUAAGUGUACUAAAAGUGGGAGUUUAAAAAUUCAUAUGUUAAAUCACAUGGGUGAAAAACCUUAUAAGUGUUCCCUGUGUGAUUAUAAGUGUACUGUAAGUGGUAAUUUAAAAACUCAUAUGUUUAUUCACACAGGUGAAAAACCUUAUAAGUGUUCCCUGUGCACUUUUAAGUGUACUAGAAGUGGGGGUUUAAAAAGCCAUUAUGUUAAAUCACAUGGAUAAAAAGCAUUACAUAUGAAAAACGUUUCAAAACACGUUUUCUCACAUGUAAGAAACCAUGUGCAGCAUUGCGUAUUCAAUGGGGAUUAAGAAGUUGUAUAGUAAUUCGCACAGGAGAAAAAUACUUUAAUGUUUCCUGUGGUGUUAUGCUUUCACCAAAAAUUUCCAUUUAAGAGGCAUGUGUUAACUUACACAAACAGUAACUUCAAAGGUACUUUUAACUUGCACGUAAAAAAAGGUAAUACAAUUAAAAUACUCUGUUUCUUUUGGUUAUUUUUGUAGGUUAAUGAAUAUUUAUACUGUUAGUUUGGUUAUAAUAAUAGGCUACAUAAUUUUUAAUAUUUUAUAUCUGGUGUCUAUAUAUGUUUAUUUUCUUACCUUAUGAAUAAAUUUUAGCUCUAUGUUGUAUUGCGUGUCUAAGUUAAUGAUCUCAUCUAAGUACCCUUAUAUUGUAUGAUAAAACACACUUUGUCUCUUGUUAUGAAUGUCUUAUACAAUUAUGGAAUAUGUUUCACUUUUGUGUUAAUAAAUAUAGAUUAUAUGUAUACUAUCAUAUUAUUAUUCUAUGUUUUAUUGUUAGUUGUGAUAAUUUUAAUAUAUUCCCAUCAAUGUCCAUUUGUUUGUUGUUAAGUCUUAAUAGAUACGUACUUAAAUGAGUAGUUUUAUAUUGGAGUCAAUAUAUUUCAUAGUUUAGUUUAUAACCUAGAUUUGCUUAAAAAUAUAUUUGUAUGGUAUAUUUUA